CAUGCCGCCCGCCAGCCUGCCUGGGAGCCGCUGUCCUGGGCCUGGCCCGUGCGCGUCCGCCUGCUGGACCUGGGCACCGCCAGUCGCCUGGGCACGGGACUGGGCGGGGGCGCUGACCUCGGCCUAGGAGGCCCAGGAUCCCGGAGCCGCUCGCGCCCGCGGGACCCUGCGGGUCGCACGCCCUCCCCAGCUUCUGCUGCUCGCCGCUCUUCGGCUGGGCAAGGUCAGGUGCCCCCUUCUCGCCUCGCUUCUCUUCUCUACCCUCCCCAACUCCUGUGCCCGCGGAGACCCCGGCCGUCCCCUCACUCAGGGGUGUAGCAGGCUGCGGAGCUGACAGGGUCCCCGCAGCCACCCUGCCCAAACUGUCCGGAAGCGGCACGAGCUCAGGCCGCCGCAGCCCCAGCGGACGCACUAUUGAACCUGAGGAGCCAGCCCUCCUCCCGCACUUAAACUUGGAGCACUUGACCUUUGGCUGUUGGAGGGGGCCGGCCCGCGGGUGGCUGGACAGCUGCGGAGCGGCGAGGGUGUCUUGCCCGGAGACGUCGGCUGCACUCCCGGGCUCCUGGCUUUGCCUCUGGGAUCCCGAGGAGUCCACAUCAGACGCAUGUUGACUGAGACCUAGAGUCAUGGAUAUAUGCUCCCGUCUUGCCCUGUGGCUCCUCUGGGGACUCCUCCUGCACCAGGGCCAGAGCCUCAGCCAUAGUCACAGUGAGAAGGCGACAGGAACCAGCUCGGGGGCCAACUCUGAGGAGUCCACUGCAGCAGAGUUUUGCCGAAUUGACAAGCCCCUGUGUCACAGUGAGGAUGAGAAACUCAGCUUCGAGGCAGUCCGUAACAUCCACAAGCUGAUGGAUGAUGAUGCCAAUGGUGAUGUGGAUGUGGAAGAAAGUGAUGAGUUCCUGAGGGAAGACCUUAAUUACCAUGACCCAACAGUGAAACACAGCACCUUCCAUGGUGAGGAUAAGCUCAUCAGCGUGGAGGACCUGUGGAAGGCAUGGAAGUCAUCAGAAGUAUACAAUUGGACCGUGGAUGAGGUGGUACAGUGGCUGAUCACAUAUGUGGAGCUGCCUCAGUAUGAGGAGACCUUCCGGAAGCUGCAGCUCAGUGGCCAUGCCAUGCCAAGGCUAGCUGUCACCAAUACCACCAUGACAGGAACUGUGCUGAAGAUGACAGACCGGAGCCAUCGGCAGAAGCUGCAGCUGAAGGCCCUGGAUACAGUGCUCUUUGGGCCUCCUCUCUUGACCCGCCAUAAUCACCUCAAGGACUUUAUGCUGGUGGUGUCUAUCGUUAUUGGUGUGGGCGGCUGCUGGUUUGCCUAUAUCCAGAACCGCUACUCCAAGGAGCACAUGAAGAAGAUGAUGAAAGACUUGGAGGGGUUACACCGAGCUGAGCAGAGUCUGCAUGACCUUCAGGAAAGGCUGCACAAGGCCCAGGAGGAGCACCGCACAGUGGAAGUGGAGAAGGUCCAUCUGGAGAAGAAGCUGCGCGAUGAGAUCAACCUUGCUAAGCAGGAAGCCCAGCGGCUGAAGGAGUUGCGGGAGGGUACUGAGAAUGAGCGGAGCCGCCAAAAAUAUGCUGAGGAGGAGUUGGAGCAGGUUCGGGAGGCCUUGAGGAAAGCAGAGAAGGAGCUAGAAUCACACAGCUCAUGGUAUGCCCCAGAGGCCCUUCAGAAGUGGCUGCAGCUGACACAUGAGGUGGAGGUGCAAUAUUACAACAUCAAGAAGCAAAAUGCUGAGAAGCAGCUGCUGGUGGCCAAGGAGGGGGCUGAGAAGAUAAAAAAGAAGAGAAACACACUCUUUGGUACCUUCCACGUGGCCCACAGCUCUUCCCUGGAUGAUGUAGAUCAUAAAAUUCUAACAGCUAAGCAAGCACUGAGCGAGGUGACAGCAGCAUUGCGGGAGCGCCUGCACCGCUGGCAACAGAUCGAGAUCCUCUGUGGCUUCCAGAUUGUCAAUAACCCAGGCAUCCACUCACUGGUGGCUGCCCUCAACAUAGACCCCAGCUGGAUGGGCAGUACACGCCCCAACCCUGCCCACUUCAUUAUGACUGACGACGUGGAUGACAUGGAUGAGGAGAUUGUGUCUCCCUUGUCCAUGCAGUCCCCCAGCCUGCAGAGCAGUGUUCGGCAGCGCCUGACGGAGCCACAGCAUAGCCUGGGAUCUCAGAGGUUGGUAGAGGGCGAGGCUGGCCACUUCUUGACAAGCCGGGUAUCUCUGCGGCGAAUGCGCAGCCUUUCAUCUGGACAGUCUUUCAGUUCUGAAGGCUACGGGACCAGCUCUCCAUCUGCCUCUGCUGCUUCUUCUUGCUCCUCUUCUACCACUACCAUCACCACUACCGCCACCACCACCACCAUCACCACCGUCCAUGUCCACCCUGUUUACUACCACCACAGCACUUCCUAUUUCCUCCAGACGGAGCCAUACCCUGACACACCCCCUUCUGACAGCACCACUGUGAUGCCUGGGCAUUCAGAGAGCUUGGGGGAUUUGACCCAUUCCGAUUCGGAGUCCUCCCUCCAUAUGAGUGACCGCCAGCGUGUGGCCCCCAAACCUCCUCAGAUGAGCCGUGCUGCAGAUGAGGCUCUCAAUGCCAUGACUUCCAAUGGCAGCCACCGGCUGAUCGAGGGGGUCCACCCAGGGUCUCUAGUGGAGAAACUGCCUGACAGCCCUGCCCUGGCCAAGAAGGCAUUACUGGCGCUGAACCAUGGGCUGGACAAGGCCCACAGCCUGAUGGAGCUGAGCCCCUCAGCCCCUCCUGGUGGCUCUCCACAUUUGGAUUCUUCCCGUUCUCACAGCCCCAGUUCCCCAGACCCAGACACGCCAUCUCCAAUUGGGGACAGCCGAGCCCUGCAAGCCAGCCGAAACACACGCAUUCCCCACCUGGCCGGCAAGAAGGUUGUGGCUGAGGAGGAUAAUGGCUCUAUUGGCGAGGAGACAGACUCCAGCCCAGGCCGGAAGAAGUUUCCUCUCAAAAUCUUUAAGAAGCCUCUUAAGAAGUAGGCAGGAUGGGGGUGGCAGUAAUGGGACAGCUUGUCCUUCCCUGGGUCUUCUGCCUCUCCUUUUCUCCCUUCCUUCAAGAUAACUGGCCCCAAGAGUGGGCCAUAGGAAGGGCUGGUCCAGGGGCCUGGGCACUGUACAUACCUGCCCCCUCAUCUUUGGGUCCUUCAUUAUUAUUUAUUAACUGACCACCAUGGCCUGCCUGCCCUGCCUCCCUCCCAACCAUGGGCUGCUGCUGUCACUCCCUCUCCACUUCAGUGCAUGUCUUAUUUGCUGUCCCCUCAGCUCCCAGCUCCACCUCUGGGGUACAGCUUCUGUCUCUGCUGUCCCAGUUUUAAGGUUUGGUUUCUUGUUUCUGUCUCUUGCUUUCAGUCCCCUCCCUCCCACCACUCCCCAACUUUCCCUAGCAGUUGCAGGGAAGAUAGGAGGAGUAACUUCUGACUUGUGUGCCUCAGGUCUGUUCCACCCCACUCACAGUGGUUCUUUUUGCUCCAGACUGGGACUAGGGCCUUACCUUUGGGGUUUGUUCUUCGGUAUUGCUGGGGGUUAGAAGGAGCCUCAUCCUAGAUUUCACUCAGGCCUCCAGGGGUUCAUGGGGGAGUGAAACCAAUUCUCAGAGAACAACCUACCAGAGACAUUUAAAGAGGCUAGGCUUGGGGAUGGGUUAGAAGAGGCCUCUCUUCAUUGGAGCAUGAGUGGAUGCCAGAACUGUGGGUUAUAAGGCAGUCACUUUUUCUCUCUCCUCCCACCCACACCUGCCUCCCUCUUACCCCUGCUCCCCCACACUGCAGGAGGGUUUGUCUCUAAGAGGUGCUGCCCCAAAGCUCCCCAAGCAUCAAUACUCCUGGGGCUCAGGACAAAUGGCUCCCCUGGCUAGGGGAGCCACAGCCAUGAUACAGGGCUCUUAUGGAGCCCUGGAGUUGUUGGGCAAAGAUGCUGUCAUAUUUUUGAACCAAAAGACAAACAGGUUAAACGUAAAAAAGAAAUCUGAAUUUCCCAAGUGCCUAAACUGCAUACUUCCCUCGUCAGAUCCCAUUUUCAUGUUACUUCGUAGCCUUGGCCAGAGGCUCAAAAAGACACAACCAGUUUGGGGAAGGAGUGGCUAAGGAAGAUGGUAUAGGUGAAGGUGGCUGUGUGACCACUUCCCCCACCCUUCCCACCCUCUAGACAACUCUCUUCUUUACCUGUUUUUGCUAUGGCUGUAAAUGUAUUUUCCCUCUGCCCCACUCCCUGCCAUGCCUUUAUCCUGGGAUCCUAUUUUGGGCCUGGGGUGGUUGCACCUGGGGCUGGUCUUAGGAGGUUGCUAGGCUACACACUGCCUUGUACUCCCUGGACAUCCUCAAAUGGGGUUUUCUGUGUUAUUUCAUAAGAAUCUUUGGAGUCCAAUAAAGCAUGUAGGAAAUUUUAACCUC